GUAGUAGCUUACUAUAGAAAUGAAUCGCACACUUAAAGAAUCCAAAAGAAGGAAAACUAUCUGCGAGGAAAAGUCGAAAGAAAAUGGAUUUUGAAUCAAAUAUAAAAGUGAUCAUUUUUAGCUGACGUCUGUCACAUAGCGGAAGCAUGGAUCUCACGGAGAGAGCCGCGCUAUCCUCCACCAGAGAAGUGUUUUGCUGUCUGACAGACUGCUAUCAGUGUUUACUCAGAGGAUCACGUCCUGACAUAAGCGGCGCUGAGGUCGCGAAGCUGCUGUUUUCCGGCGUUUGUGGACGGGUAUCCGGAGGGGACACAGAAGACAGCGCCGAAGCCGCCUGGCAGCUGACAGGCUUCAGUCUUUCUCUGCUGAGGAAGAUCUGCUGCAGGCUGUCUGUUCAGAGCCUGGAUGGAGACGGCAGGGGGAGUUGGGUGGACAUCCUCGGGCUGCUGUUUGAACACAUGGACCUCAUGCCACAGCUUGUGCACCACUUCCACGCUGAGGAUCCAGUAAUCUCACACCUAGCUGCAAAGACUGCAUCCGUGUGUGUUUUCUACCUGCUCAGUAAAUCCGGAACAGUGUGCCCUGUUUGGCAGAAGACGUGUCAGCAGACUUUCAGCAGCUCUCCUCCUGGCCCUGAACUAGAUGCCUGCCUCUGGUCACUCACCGAGGUCCUCAAAAAGCUUCUCAAACAUUCACAUCAAGUGCUCCUUGGAGAACUCGUGACAACGUUUGAUUGGAGCCUGACUGCUUUGUGUUCAAAGUUUCUGCCUGAACAGAGGACAGAGGUUACCUUCAGCAGUUGGUGGGGAACAACGUUCUGCCUCCUGUUGGACCUGCUGGAGGUGCUGAGCACAUCGGGUUUAAUUUGUGACAGUGGGGUCUGCCUGAGAAGCCAAAGAAUACCUGGAAUCCACUCUGCAGCCCUCCUGAUGACUGUCAGCUGUUCCUCUGAGUACUUUGUCAAGAAGCGAACCCUGCUGUUCCUCAAGAGAUUUCUGCUUCAGAAGCUUGGAGAUGACUGGUCCCUAGAGGGGGUGUUGUCCACCGUAGGGGAACGCAGGGAUUUCAGUGCUGAUCGGAGUGUGCUGGCUCAGAGCAUUUUAAAGGCAGUAGCUGAUAACUGGUUGCUGAGUGUUCAGGUAGAACAUGCGGUUUUCUUCGGAGGGGUCCUACACAGCCAAGCAACUGAAGGUCUGAAACCAGAUGGGAUGAUGCUGAGGGCAGUCAGCCUGGUUCUUCUCAAGUCUAUAGAGCUUCACUUCCAAACAGCUGCUCCAGGAGUAGACAGUACCACAGAGGUUAACUCAUAUCUACACCAUCUGUGGACCUUCUUGAAGCGAUGCAAUGCCUCUCAGAUUGAAGUCACUCACUCUUGCAGCUGGAUCAGCCUGCUGUUUGGAGAACAGGAUGAUGAUUUAAUGGAGGCAACCAGUGGAUUCCUCUCAAUAUUCCUCAGCUACAGACGGUGUUCAGGGCUGGAUGACUAUUCUGUCUUGGAGGCGGCCUGUGCAUCUGGAUGCAACCCUCACUGCCACUUUGUGCUCCUGCUGCAGAGUCUGUCGUUUGAUCACAGCAUCCUCCUUGACUUCCUCAUCUCCUCGGAAACCUGCUUCCUGGAAUACUUUGUUCGCUACCUGAAGUACCUCAGAGGAGACUGGCAGGGCUUUACUGUGGCGUCUGGACACAGAAAAGGGCCUCUUGCUGACUCCCAUGGUUCUGAGUUUGGUGAAGGCCUCCAGCCUAAAGGUUCUGUUUCACCAUUGGAAGGGUCCAGUUUAGAUGUAGGGCUUCGGCUUGUAGAGUAUGAUAAUUCUGAUGAGUCCAGUGAGGAAAGCCCUGACGGACACAAAGAGUCCAAAUCCCCAAGAGCACCGAUGACUGACAGUAGCUCCAAGAUGAAAACCAAACACACUUCAUCAAUGAUACAAAGUGAACAAGGGUGUCCAACUGAAGCAGCUCCGUUGGAGCAGGAGACAUGUGAUACGUUGGAAAAAACAGUCUCUUGUUUGUCAGAGCUCAGAGAGGUAGUGACGAGGCUCCACACUAAGAAACUCUUCCCGUACAACCCUUCAUCGCUCCUGAAGCUUCUAGCACAAGUAGAGACAUAUCAGAAGUCAUCGCUUUCACUUUGACAAAAAUCAGUUGUUUUAAUAAAAAAUCAACUAUUUUCAAACACUU